CUGCUUUGUAUGGCUCUGCAUAGCAGAGCCAUACAAAGCAGUGUGCUUACAGUGGAAAACAAUCACACAGCACACAGGGAAACAGCACACAGUUAACCCUUUGAUCGCCCACGUUAACCCCUUCCUGCCCAGUGCCAUAUGUACCAGGGACAGACUGACAAAUCAUGGGGCCCCCGGGCAAUAGGGGAUCAUGGGGCCCCUGUGUCCUCGCCCACACUCAAACCACACCCAAAAAAGCCUAUGAAAGGUACUAGGGGCAUCUCAUGGGGCCCCCUAUGUACCCCGGGCCCUCAGGCAGUGCCCGAGUAUCCGAAUGGUCAGUCCGCCCCUGGUAUG